AUGCAAGAAGGGAAGAAGGAGAGAUAUAUUUGUUUUCUUCUCUCCUCAGAAAUUUUUCCAAGAGAUUCCAGUCUAAAAGACAAAUUCAUAAAACAUUUUACAGGGCCAGUCACAUUUUCAUCAGAAUGCAGCAAGCACUUUCAUCGACUGUAUCACAAUACAAGGGACUGCUCAACACCAGCUUAUUAUAAAAGAUGUGCAAGGUUGCUAACAAGAUUAGCAAUGAGCCCUCUGUGUACACAGUCCUAGGAUGUUUGCUAUACUUUCUACUAAGGAGAGAAUUCUGAUUUGCCAAGAAAGUGCCUUGAAAUCUUCCAGGACAGAGAAGACAUCUAUUACCUUUUUGAUUUAUGACAUUUUGUUACUAGAUGCAUUUUAUUUUCAUAUAUUUGUUGGACAUUCCAUAUUUGUGUAAAGCAUUAUUUUAUUUUAAUUUGUAAAUUUGUUGCCUAUAGU